GUUUCCCAGAGUGCUCUGGGACGGCGACCGGAAGUGGGGGUGUCUCUGUGGCCCGGCAGAGUGUUUGUGUGGGACUACGUUUCCCAGAGUGCCCUGCAGGAGCAGCCGGGGUGGGAGGAGCCUCGCGCGGCCGGACCGGGACGCCAGCCAGGCGCCCUCACCCAGGCACCGCCGGCGGUCUGCUUCCGUCCCGGCUGACCAGCAGCAGCAGCAGCGCCCCCGGUUCCCGCACACCCGCUCCCCGCCCGGCCGGCCACCAUGAUGCACAUCUGCGACAGCUCCUCCAACCAGAAGCGCUCGCUCCUGCACGCCAUGCAGCGCUUCAUCGGCGCCGUGAACACCAUGGACCAGACCGUGCUGGUGCCCAGCCUGCUGCGCGACGUGCCGGUGUCCGAGUCCGACGACAACGACGACACCGAGGUCGGCGUGGACGUGGAGGUCGGAGGAGGCGGCGGCCGCAGCGCCCACGCCCACGGGAGCUUUUUCGCGCCGCCGCCCCCCUCCCCGCGGGACAUGUACAGCCACUACGUGCUGCUCAAGUCCAUCCGCGACGACAUCGAGUGGGGCGUCCUGCAGCAGCAGCCGUCGUCCCCGCCGGCGGAGAGCGCGUGGGAGUGCACGGACGCGGACACGCGUGGGGGUCUGAGUCGCCCCCUGGAGAGCCCGGAUGCUGCCGGCGAGGAGGAAGACCUGGACCUGGAGCGGCAGUUCCGCUUCCACCUGCGCGGGCUGCACGCCGUGCUGUCGAAGCUGACGCGCAAGGCCGACGUGCUCACCAGCAGAUACAAGCGGGAGGUCGGCUUCGGGGAUUGGGGACAGUGAGGCGGGGGCUCUGCCGCGGGGUCUCGCUCUUCCCUGCCCCCCCCGGCGGACUUCCGGGCCGCCUGGGGCCAGUGAGGCUGGGGGGGUUCUCUCUUCCCUGCCCCCCCCGGCGGACUUCCGGUCCCUGCCGCCCCAGCACCGUUCCGGGCCGCCGCUCUCUCUCCUGCCCGCCCCGUCUCUCCCCCCCCUCCCCCGGGGCCAGUGAGGCGGGGGUCUCGCUCUUCCCUGCCCCCCCGGCGGACUUCCGGUCCCUGCCGCCCCAGCACCGUUCCGGGCCGCCGCUCUCUCUCCUGCCCGCCCCGUCUCUCUUCCCCCUCCCCCUGAGCUGUUUUCUUCCUGGUUGUGGGGCGCGGAGGGCACCCGACGUGCUCAGCAGCAGAUCGUGCUCAGCGGGAGGUCGGGUUCGGGGAUUGGGGACAGUGAGGCGGGGGUGGGGGGGCUCGUCUUUUCUGCCCCCCCGGCGGACUUCCGGGCCGCCCCGUCUCUCUUUCUCCUCCCCCCCCCCCCAAGCUGUUUUCUUCUUCCUGUCCCGGGAGCAGAGGGAAGGAAGGGGUCGCCAGAGACGGGGGUUCGAGGACCCCCGGAGGAGGCCCGCUGGGUGUGGGUGGGUGGGGACGGGACGGGGCCGAGGUCCUGCAUUCAGCCUGUGCCUUUCUCGGGGUUUCUGUUCUGCGCUCACUUCCGGAAGGGAAGGGUCCUGCCGGGGCACAGCGCCGGGAGGGCGCACCCUCCCGGGCGGUUUCCGGCCGGGUGCGGGUGCAGGGGGGAGGCCCCCGGCGUUGCUACGGUUGCGUCCGUUUUCCUGUUUGCACUGUUUACUUUCGUAACAGGGGCCCUGUCUCGAGUGUUUCCGAGUCUCUCGGCUUCCGGAAACGUAGUCGGUUCCCUUGUGACGAGCGCACACACACAGCACUGUCGGUAACCGGUACUACUUUACUAAUGAUUUGUUGUUACACGGGACGGUAGUCCUGGGGCACCCCGUCCCGCGGAAAUGAUAUUUUGUUGAGAAAGUGGGUUUAUCUCGGAGUGGAACCAGCUGACGUUCUGUCCGUGUCGUACGUAGAGUGAUGAAGGGUUCCGCUGCGUCGUUCUGUCUCUGUUUAUUUAAAACUUUUUUUUUUUUUUUAAAUCCAAAUGUCGACUACGUUCUAAAAAAAAAAAAACAGCAGAUGCGUUAACCAAAUCGGA